AUGUCAAAUUUUAUUGAAUUUCUCCUUAGAUAUAAAAUAAUGAGAAAUUACCUAUAUUUACAAUUUCCCAUAGAUGAAAAAUGUUCAAAAGUAAUGCGCUUUCUCUGUUGAGUAUUUACGGAACUGAUUCUUCUGAUGACGACGACGAUGCACCUGGUCCCAGCAUUUCUAUGAAAAGACCUAGAAGGGAUGAUGACACAAACUUGCCUAGUAAAAGAUUACCACGUCCUGAUUUAUUAGAGAAUACUGACGGACCGAUACCCGAGGAACACAUUGAUGACCCGUCUUUGCAUGAUGGUAGAAUAAGAACUUUUUCACAUAAAAGAGGAAAUUGGCCCACUUUUGUCUAUAUUCCCAUUGAAGUGACUUGUGAAAUGGAAGAAUUGAGAACGGAAGUUAUGCAGGGCAUUCCAGAACACUUCAAUUUCAAGAGAUCUGUAGAUCUGCACCUAAGUUUGACAAAAACUGUAGAACUGAAGCACCAUUGGAUUGAGCCAUUUAUAGGAAGUUUGAAAAGACGGAACCAUUGUAAAAAAUUCAAUCUCGUUUUUGAUGAAUUACAAGCUUAUUGCAAUGAAGAAUGUACCAGGACGUUCAUAGGAGUUUCCAUUUUGCAUGGCCACGACUCGCUAGUUGAUUUAGUCAAUGUUUUAAACCAAUGCUUAGCUGAAUUCAAUUUACCGUUAUUUUAUGACGAACCCUCAUUCCAUAUGAGCAUAGCCUGGUGUCUGGGAGAUCAUAAGAAUGUUUUGAAUUAUAUACUACCAGAAUUGAAUUUCAGGCUACCAAAUGAGGGAAUCGCUAAUCCAAGAAGUUGGACAGUUCCAGUGGAUUACUUCGUAUGUAAGACGGGAAAUAAAUAUUUUAAGUUUGACUUGUCUGAUUCGUAGUUUAUGUUAUAUGUGCCUUUAGGAUCAAUUAUAUUCAACUUUCAAUAUU